ACAAGCGCGCGGGGGAUUCACACUUCACCCCUUCUUCCCUCCCACUCGUCCCCCUCCGGCCUCCGCCGUGGCCAUGGCCACCGCCACCGCCACUCUCCCGCUUCUCCAUCUUCUCCUCUCCAAACCUGCAACCCCACCACUGCGCGCUCUCCCGCUUCCCACCCAAUUCCACCCCAAAACGCAUCCUCACCCUCUCCCACUCCUCUUCCUCCUCCCGCGCCGCCGCCGCUGCGGGCCCAUCGCCGCCUUCCCCGCGACAACAUCCUCGUCCACGUCCGCCUCCGCAUCGCCCGCCUACGACGCCCGCGAGGCGGAGGCAGCCGUCGCGGAGCUCCUACGCGAGAGCGGCGCCUCCCCGGCCGACGCCACCGCCAUCGCCGCGCGCGCGCCGGCCUACGCCACCAUGCUCGCCGACGGAGUCCGGGAGCUGGACGAGCUCGGCCUCUGGGCGUCGUGGAGCUCCGGCGCCGGGGCCAGGGUGGGCCGCAGCGGGGCCGUCGAGAUGGAGAUGGGGAGGCUCGGGUUCCGGAGGAAGGUGUACCUCAUGGGGCGGAGCAAGCACGACCACGGCGUGGUGCCGCUCCUAGAGAGCUUCGGGGUGCGGCUCUCUUCCGCCAAGCUCAUCGCGCCGUACGUCGCGGCCGCUGGCCUCCCUGUGCUGAUUGAUCGGGUUAAGUUUUUGAAGGAAAUGUUAUUUUCAAGCAGUGAUUAUGCAACAAUUAUUGGAAGGAAUUCUAAGCGCAUGAUGACACACUUAUCAAUACCUGCAGACGAUGCACUCCAAAGUACUUUAUCAUUUUUUGAAAAAAUGGAGGCCAGGUAUGGUGGUGUUAGCAUGUUGGGACAUGGAGAUGUGUCAUUUCCUUACCUCAUUGAGUCGUUUCCCAUGCUGCUUCUCUGCUCUGAGGAUAAUCAUCUAAAGCCAUUAAUUGAUUUUCUUGAGUACAUUGGAAUUCCAAACCCAAGGAUUGCAUCAGUUUUGCUGUCAUUUCCUCCUAUCAUUCUUUCUGACAUUGAAAAUGAUAUCAAGCCGAGGAUUCAUGAAUGGGAGAAGGCUGGCAUUGAACAAGAACAUAUUGGUAGGAUGUUGCUGAAGUAUCCAUGGAUCCUUUCAACAAGUGUGAUAGAGAACUACAAACGGAUCCUUUUGUUCUUAAAGCGAAAAAAGAUUUCCAGUACAGUCCUUGGUAUUGCUGUGAAAAGUUGGCCUCAUAUUCUUGGCUGCUCUACACAAAGAAUGAAUUUAAUUCUGGAGCAGUUUGAUGAUCUGGGCAUCACUAAGAAAAUGGUGGCUCCAGUCAUUACAUCAAGUCCGCAAUUGUUGCUGAGAAAACCUAACGAGUUUCUGCAGAUUGUUUUCUUUUUCAGGGAAAUGGGUUUUGAUAAGGAAACAGUAGGAAAGAUUUUGUGUCGUUCUCCUGAAAUAUUUGCUUCAAAUGUGGAAAGUACCCUCAAGAAGAAAAUUGACUUUCUUAUUGACUUUGGUGUUUCCAAACAUCAUCUUCCUCGCAUCAUUAGGAAGUAUCCUGAGAUUUUAUUGUUGGACAUAAAUGAUACACUGCUCCCCAGAAUGAACUACCUAUUGGAGGCGGGUUUGUCUAAGAAAGACGUGCGCUCAAUGAUCUUUAGAUUUUCCCCACUUCUAGGUUACAGUAUCGAGCUUGUUAUGAAACCAAAGCUUGAGUUUCUGUUAAGAAUCAUGAAAAAGCCACUUAAAGCAGUUGUAGAAUAUCCAAGGUACUUCAGUUAUUCACUUGAAGGGAGGAUAAAGCCACGGUUUUGGGUACUGCAGAGUAGAAACAUAGACUGUAGUCUGACAGACAUGCUUGCAAAAAACGACGAACUUUUUGCUGAAGAGUACUUGGGAACAGGAGGAUUACUUCAGAAACCUCUACAAUCAAGCAAAGUCAGUUGAUUUCUAGACUAAAAUGAAGGGCUAACCAUGCAAAUGUACCAUGCCUGAAAUGUACAGCUUUACGCUUCCACAGAGGAGGCUGUUUUUCAGAUGGGAGUCCACUUUUCAAGUGCUCAGUAUUAAGAAGGUACUAAUCAAGCUAACAGUUCCGCUUCCGUGCUGAUUCGGUACAAUCAAGGUUCAGGCAGGGCUUCAGGCAAACAAGGAAAUUUACAAAAUAAUGUGAUUUGCAGCUAGGAACAGAAGGAAAAGGUUGCUCUACAGUCUGCAUGUCUGUUGUGUACUUGUGUGAAUGACUUCUGGAACCGAUGGAGGUCAUAAUCCUCGAUGAUUAUCAGUCAUGCAAUCCUUAGGCCCCAUCAUCUCUUUCUCAUGGAACUGAAGCCUCUCCGUGACCUCCCGUUCUGCCGCAUCUACGCCAAUCUGGGCCGAGGGCUAACGCAGAGGUGGUCGCCACUACAUUGACUGUUGACAGCAGGGUGUUGGCGUUUUGUUUCUUUUCCACAGCUGAGAUGCCAAAUGCCAAUGCUACGCUGCUUCCUCGAAACGACCUGCCUGUAUUUUCGUUUUUGGCGGUGAAACUGUGUUCGUAGGUACCUACAUUCUAUGACUUGGCCUGUAGUAGAUGGUCGAAUCAUGAUUGUGCUGUACGGAUCAAAUGAAUCAGAACUUGGCCUCUUAGGUGCGUUUGGCAGAGCUUCCGGAGUUGAUUCUCUGCCGAUUCUAGCAGGAGUUUUGCCAAAUAGUUUUAGAGAGAAAAUGAUUUUCUGCUGGUUCUGUGAAGUGAUUCUCUUAAAUAAACUAAGAGGUUUUUAA